GGGAUGGGAGCUGUGAUGACCGUUGGUCUCCGAGGACCACUUCUCAUGCAAGAUGUGAUCUUUACAGAAGAGAUGGCUCAUUUUACCAGGGAACGGAUCCCCGAGAGAGUGGUGCAUGCACGGGGAGCUGGAGCGUUCGGUUAUUUUGAAGUGAUUUACGAUAUCACGAAAUACUGCAAAGCCAAAGUGUUUGAGAAGAUUGGGAAGAGAACUCCAAUAGCGGUUCGGUUUUCUACGACGACUGGGGAAUCCGGAAGUGCUGACACGUUGCGAGAUCCCCGGGGAUUUGCUCUUAAAUUCUACACGGAACAUGGGAACUGGGACCUUGUGGGAAACAACACCCCGAUAUUCUUCAUCAGGGAUCCCUUGCUGUUUCCGUCUCUUUCUCAUGCUCAGAAGAGGAACCCACAAACUCAUACUAGAGACCCUGAUGCACUUUGGGAUUUUAUCACCCUACGACCCGAAUCUCUCCAUGAGAUCACACGCUUGUUCAGUGAUCACGGCAUCCCUGAUGGGUUCCGGUAUAUGGACGGCUACGGAAAUCAUGCCUUCAAACUGGUGAAUGCGGCGGGGAAAGCUGUUUAUUGCAAGUUCCACUACAAGUCCAAACAAGGAAUUAAGAACCUGUCCCCAGAGAAAGCAGAGGCUUUGGCUGGAAGUGAUCCAGAUUAUGCCCUGCGGGAUUUGUAUGACGCCAUCGCCAGAGGCGACUUUCCGUCCUGGACGUUGUGCAUCCAGGUCAUGACUUUUGAAGAAGCUGAGAAGUUGCAUUUCAAUCCCUUUGACAUCACCAAAGUUUGGCCUGAAGAAGACUUCCCUCUGAUCCCAGUGGGGACCCUGACAUUAAACAGAAACCCAGUCAACUACUUUGCUGAAGUGGAACAAAUUGCCUUCGCGCCUAGUAAUAUGGUUCCAGGAAUAGAACCCAGCCCUGACAAAAUGCUCCACGGACGACUUUUUGCUUACCCUGACGCUCAGAGAUACCGGCUAGGAGUGAACUUCAAUCAGAUCCCCGUCAAUUCGCCCAAGAAUGCAAAGGUGGCAAACUUUGAGAGAGAUGGAUUUAUGGCUAUGGGUGACAACCAAGGUAACGGACCAAACUACCAUCCAAACAGCUUUGGAGGCCCAGAAGAUGACCCACAGUUCCGCACAACAGUGUUCAAUGCUUGUGGAGACGUGGACAGAUAUGACACCGGGGACGAGGACAACACAAGCCAGGUGCGGAGAUUCUACUUGGAGGUUCUUAAGGAAGAUGAACGCCAGAGACUGAGCCAAAACCUAGCGGCGAGUCUGAAAGGAGCGCAGCUUUUCAUCCAGAAAAAAGCCGUAAAGCUCUUCACAGAGGUCCAUCCCGACUACGGGGCUCGUGUGCAGGCGGAACUCGACAAACUGAACGCGAAGACUGGAACUGCGGAGCUCUACCAGCGAACGGAUGAUAAACCCUCCCCGUAUCAGAUUAACACGCGCUAGCAGACAUGCAUUAAACACGCUUCGGCUUCUCCACAUAUCGAGCAGCCCUGCAGAUAAGGCAAGAGACCCCCCCGAGAGACCCCCGGUCCGGCCGGUGACGGCAAAUAUUCUGGCUUGAGGAAAUGUAUGGGAUUUUAUGCUCAAAAUAAUAAACUCAUUGAGUGUC